GUAGGUUACCCAUAUAUACUUAUGGAGAAAAUGAAUGAGGUAUUUAUGUCCACUUCACACAUUUUUAGCUCUAUUUGUGACCGUUGAGUUUGGAGGGUUGACUUUUACGAGUUGCACUUAAAGGCACCACUAGGUAUCAAACUAAGGGAAGGAAGAAGGAAACAAGGAAACGUCAAGGACAGAAGGUUUACUAUUGGAGCGCGGGCUGAAGGUGCAUCAUUAUCAUGGGAUGGGCUAAAUCCCCAUGGGUGUGUGUAGUAGUCUAUCUCCCUUUAGAGCGGAAAACUGGGACUUUAGCACGGGGAAAAUACAUUUACUAUAAAAUGCAUCUGUUAUUUAUUAAAACUAGUUUAGAGACUUUGCACUAAUAGACCAACUGUUCCCUCUGAAGAGCAGAACAAGCUGUUUGUACCUGAAGGAAGAACAGAGGAAUGUUACAGAAACAAAGAUCCCGGUCAUACAAAGAGUUCAAUGAUGAUGAUGAUGAGGAUGAUGACAUACAGCAGUCUCCAGGCUUCUUUGACGAUGUCACUGAAGACCUGGAGCACGAGGAACCCAACGACAGCAUCUCACAAGAGGAUGAGAACAGGGAAAACGGUCCUCCGAGAUUCAGUAAACUCUGCCUGAAGAACUUCUUCACGGUGGUGCUCAUCUUCGUCUACCUGCUGCUGACCGGGGUGGCGGUGUUCCUGACCUACCAGACCAUCUCCGACUUUCUGGUGAAACUCAACCAUCCUGUUACGUCCGUCAUCUACAAUGAGGUUGACUUCUUUUCACCACCAGGUAUCGCUCUGUUCCCCGGCAAAGCUCGGCUGUUGAGCUGCAGACAUCACUACCACGACUACAUCCCACCUCUAGUGGACCCAGGAAAGCCUCAGGAAGGAAACUGUUUGAUUAAUGACGUGACGUACUUCGGGCCGUUUUCUAAUCUAACUGAGAGGAGAGCUUUGGUGGUCCGCGGCCCAUCUGACGUCAGGAACAAAGAGUUGAUCUUCAUGCAGUUCAGUCAAAAUGAAACAGAACAGGACUUCAGCGCCAUCACCUACAUGCUUUUUGCCAAGUUUAGCGACUUGACUGACAGUGCAAAUAAAUCAGAAUUUAUGAGGGAAUGUGAGAGGAAUUACUCCAUGUGGACUUUCUCUGGAGGAUUCAGAACCUGGGUCAAGAUGGCUUUUGUGACGACGUAUGGGAAAAGAGCUCAAAAUGUCGAGUUUCGGCAAGAGUCUUCUGUGGUGAAAUUCAACGACAAAAGGCCUGAACCAGAGCAAAUCAACCAGCUCUUCUUUGUCGUCUUUGAAUGGCGGGAUGCUUUUAUGCAAGAAAUCAAACUGAUAGUGACCGCAAAUGCCUGGAGCUCUGUAGCUAUUAUCUGCGGCGUCUUCAUGGCUUUCUUCAAGGCUGCUAAUUUUGCCAAACUCACGAUUCAGUGGGUGAUCAGAAUGCGUAAGAGGCAUCUGAGGAAUAAAUCUCGGGAGCUGAACCAAAUAAACUGAAACGCUGUACAGAUAAGCACAAUCUGACAAGAUCCAAAUCAUCCAAGUGACUUUUUAUUUCUGUGUUCUGUAUUUCUCUGUGUUUCUGUGUAUUGAUAAAGUUUAUCCACACUAAGGAAUGUCCAUCCAUGUUAGAACCUAACAUUUUAUAGAUACAGUGAUAUGCUCUGAAUACUACUGAUAGAUUAAUCAUUUCCUAAAAAUGGCCAGUUUUACAAGAAUUCAGUGAAUUUUUUGUUGUUGUUGUUUUUCAAGAGGUAUUUCAUAAUUGUUUUGUACACACGUAAAAGAAACGUUGUUGCUGAAACACUCAAAAUGUUUGUUAUGGUUUGAGAGCUUUAUAAAGGAUAUUUUAAGGUAUGUUUGUUUCAGGUAUAAAACUGAGAAAAUGUGAACUUUGGUCAAAAUAUUGCUGGAUUUUAUAAUCUUAUUCUAAAGGGAAUAUUAGUAUUUUAUGUUUGUAUCCUACUUUUUUCAAGGAAUAUCCCCUUCAUGUCACUGAGCAUUAUAAUUAUAUAGAUAACUAUAAAGGGAUUAUUAUUAUUAUGAACUACCUUUCUUCUGUCAGAGUGAUCUGCUGUUUUAUUUUUGUUUAGGCUGAAUCUGUGUGAAAUUUGUCUUUUUCUACUAUUGCACCAUUCCACCAUAUAAUGUAUGUUCAUUGUUGUUCAAAUUUACUUGAAUUAAUGUUUUAAUUGUGUUGUUGUUCAAUAUUAUAUCUCAUAUGCUAUGUUGUUAGAAAUUUAGGAAAAUAAUAAAAAAUAUUUUUAUGCCUGAA